GCAAUAUAAAUGUUGACGUUCACAUAGGUACUAGUUCAUGUCCAGAGGGCUUUAUUAGUUGUAUUGGAGUGCGGAAAAUAAUUAUUCGAAAAUUUGAAAUUUUGCUCAGCAGAAAUGAGAACCUUUCUGAGUUUGGCGCUGCUUUCGGUUAUUGGUGCAAGUCGAACUCUACCUCCACUAGAUCCACCAAUGGAAGAUCCUGAACUGAAUCCCGACUUAACAGUGUCACAACGCAGUGGUAUGAGAGAUUCAAAUCGACCUUGGCUUCUCUACUAUGAAUUUAUAAGUGAAUUUGGGAAUGAUCGAAAAGCUUUUAUAAAAGGUGCAAUGAAGAUCGUGGAAGACGUUUCAUGCCUACGUUUUGUAGAGGUAUGCGGUCGCCAGCGAUCUUUACUCGAUAUAACGAAAAACAGAUGUGAAUUAACAGCAGUAACUACGGGUACCAGGACAACAUUAAUAGUACCGGAUAAUUUUGGUUGUCAUAAUACCAGAUCUCUAAUGAGAACUUUAUUUACUGCACUCGACUUUGUUCAUAAGUCCCUAAGUUUUCGCCCUUUUAUUACUAAAUAUGUCAUUGGAAAUAUUUUGCCGGGUUUUGCAUAUCCUUUUACAAAUUACAGUAAGGAUAUAGUUGAAGAUUUUGGUGUAGAAUACGAUAACGGUAGUAUUAUGCAUUCUCCGGCUACUUAUAACGCGGACAGCGGUGAAGAGACUAUAGUGUCGUUGAAAAAAAUACCGAUCGUUUUAAUGGACCAGGUUGGAACUUUAAGCAAGUCCAAUAUAAUCAGUAUGAAUAAAAAGUAUAAUUGCAGUAUGGAUUAGAAAGCUAAGGUCGGCGGGGAAAUGUAUAUAACGAUAUAUAUACAUAUGUACUAAUAUAUCUAGUGUAACCCUUUAUAAAUCAUAUUAUUUUUUCCGAUGUUACUAAAUUCAAUUUCGCAAUUAGUAACCAUGGGAACUAUGAAUAUAUGUACUAUUUUUAUCAAUAUUUAUAAUAAAGUUUAAACUCAUAAUUUCAACAUUUGCAAAA